CCUUGGAGAAGUAGUAGAGAUAAAAUGACGAUGGUGACCUGAAGACAGAAGAAGAACCUACCGGAUCUAGGGCUUCUCGUCUCUCUCUCUCUCUUCUCUACAUUCCCUUCGACGGAUUCAACACGCAUAUGUUCUGGAUUUUACAACUUCUCUUCUUCAGUUCUCCAUCUCCGAUAUUCAAAAAGUUUUCCUGAAACAAUUAGGGGUUUUCUCGAUGAAAACGAUGAUGAUUGGUUCGAAUCUAAAGAGUAUGCCGCUGCUGCUGCUGCUGGAUUUUGAUUAAUUAUUUGGAUUUUAAAAGGGGGGUAAUUGGACUGUCACCGAAUCAAAUAAAAAAAAAAGAAGAGUUUUUUUGAUAGAUUUAAAAGAAGUGAGUUGCUGAAAAGUAUGAGGGCAUUGCACAAAUCGAAAAGGGUAUCUUGGCCACCAGAUUUUAAACUUUGCCAGGUACGGCUCUUUAUAUCUGAGGACUCACCUUCACAAGUUGGAUCAGAAUCUCAAGAUCACCUCCAAGCAAAGUCACAUCCGAGCGAGGAUAAUCUGCCACCUGGUUUCGGUGGACCUCUUUCUGCAAAUGAGCCACAGAUUAAGUUAUCAGACAUCCCAGUAAUAAAGUGGAUAUGCUCUGUCCGGAUUGUGCUGGAUGAGGAAUGGAGAGUGGUUGCAGGGGAAGAAAGCAAAGAAGUGGAGACGCAAAAUCAGAGGGAAUUGAGAGUUCUUGAAGCCUUCUAUCCUGGCGCAUCAGCUAUUCCUCCAAACCCUUCGGUUCUUGCUGAUGUUGACAACUCAGAUUAUGAUGAUCAGCAAACCGUUGUCAUCCCCAUCCUACCUGUAGAAGAUGAUGACAUAGAUCCAGCAUCUGAUCUCCCAGUCCAAUCUGGCGUGGAUGUGGUGGGAACAGAGCCAUCAAGAAGCGAUGAGAACACAUCAGUUUCUUCAACCCUCCCAGCAGCGUCAGAAAUAAUGGCUGCGUUAACUGCAAUUUCAAACAACAAAGAACUAGGCAGCGGCAUGAUCGACCAAGAACUGCUUAUGAAAAUCUUGAGCAACCCUAAGCUGGUGGAGAAUCUUGUUGCAAACAGUAGUGGUGCAGGUUCAGUCUCCUCCAACGCCGGUAGCCUCUACCUAUCUUCGACACACGAAGCAAAUGGAGUAACAACCUCAACACCUGCCAGCUCAAAUGGACAAUAUUACCCUCAGCCAACUCCUUCCUUGGUCUAUCCUCCUCCAACUUCUUCAGAUCAGCCCAACUAUGGAGCACCACCAGCCAGAGAUGCUAGUUAUUACAAGAGCCUGAUUCAGCAACAUGGUGGGGAAAGACAAGAGGCACCACCGCCAGUUCAACAACAUCUCGGUUAUCGUUAUAACAACCCUCAACCUGGAGGGGGACUUAACCCUGAGAUGGUAAAUAGCAAUAAUAAUAAUAACCAGAGGCCACCAAGGGAUUCAAAACAAAAGAUAAUGAAGCCUUGCAUGUACUUCAACAGCUCGAGGGGUUGUCGCAAUGGAGCUAACUGUUUAUUCCAGCACGAUGCUACAGCUUACCAGCCGAGGAACCCAAACAAUGGUAACACCAACAAUCCUGAGAUGCAGACUGCAAAAAGAAUGCGAUUUGACAGGGACUGAAGCAGAAUUAGCAUACCACCACCAUGCUCUUCUCCUCUUGGUGUGAGAGAGAGAGAGCUUGUUGUUAGCAGCAGAGCAAUUUUUUUUUUCUACUCUCUUGCCUGGCUUUGCUGCUAUUUAAGUUUUAUUUACUUUUUUUGAAACUAUUUUCCACAAAUCAUAUAAUAUAAUUAGGGAAUUUUCUCUUUUUAAGA